AUGANCAUUGUUGCCGAAAAACCAACAACAACAACAACAAAAAAACACAAAUCCAAAUCCAAAAUUCCAAUUUGGCUUACAAAUAUAAAUCGAUGCCUGAACAAAUUUUCAAAACAAAAAAAAAACUCUUUGCUGCUCACUUGGACACGUUCUGUUGGGCGGUUGCUUCGCCACCUACUCUGCCCUUUCUUCGCUCCCUCCCACUACUUCCGACGCACUGUACACCGUACUUGGCUGCGGCGUUCACACCCACCCCUCAUCGGUGGUCAGGAUGUCGAAGUGGACCUCUCAACGGAAAUAAUCAAGCAACACUUUCAGAGUACCUGCCACACUGCAUUGGACACAUGUCGGGAGGACGCGUCAUGCUCGUCGUCUCUGCAGCCAAUGUUGAUGCAUUGUGAAAUGCAUCGUUGCAAUCGCAAUGCAUGCAUGACCUCACUGCAAGCCUUCUACAAAGGUCCUCACGAGGAUUUGAAUUUGGACAUUGCCUUCUGCCUUUGCAAAAAAACAACGAAUCGUCACGACAUGUGCAUGAUUGCACAGGAAAAACUCCAUCCAACUUGUGCACAAAGGCCAGCCGAUAACAGUAAUCAGCAAGGUUCAAAUGGCAUAUACUAUCACCCGCCACCGUCCUGUCACUCGGUGGCAGAGAAUUGUAAAGAGGAUCGUGAGUGCAGGCUUAAAUUGGAGUACUACGAGCAGGCCUGUGCGGUGGACAGCGUGACAAAGAAGUGCGCUGGGCGACCGGGUGGCUGCCGCACUGCCAUGAUUGGCAUACUAGGCACAAUGUUGCGCACAACCUGCGCCUGCCAGGGCACCGAUCCGCAGCAUCUCUACCAGUGUGUGGGCUGGCGCCGUUUACUCUGGCUCAAUCCGUGUGUUGUCGAAGCUCAAAAGGACUUCCACAUGAAACGUCUCGCCGAAUUGGGUUACCUAACGACUACAACAACGACUACAACAACCACGACCACAACAACCACUACAACAACAACCCGUGCUCCGCCACCGCCUCCACCGCCGCCAGUGCUGACGACGGUUACCACCACAACUACACAUCGCCAACCGCCCACAUCGCCACGGCAGACAUCACGCAAGCAGGCAACACACAUCUUUCGGGGAUAUCCGCCAAAAGAGAAAUCGGAACCCACAUCAAUGGAGGACAAUUAUAUCGAACAGCCAGAUUCGAUACCCUUGCAUAGCGGAAAUGAUGAAAACGGAAAUACCGGAAAUGGCGAUUAUCACAGCGGCAAGGGGAAAGGCAACGGCAACGGCAAUGGAAAUGGAAAUGGCAGAAGUAAUGGUAAUGGAAACAGCGCUGGCAGCGCUACUAGUGCUGCCGCCAAUGCUGCACGCCAUGGCAAAAAUGGCAAAAACAAUAAAAACGGCAAGAAUUCGAAACAUAAUAACAACAACAACAACAAUGGAAACGGUAAUAGUAAUGGCGGCAGUGGCAAUGGUGGCCAUGGUGCUAGCGCUGUUCACAAGAAUGGUGCUCACGACGGCAACGGCCAUGUCGCAACAGCGGAAGCUAAAGACGCUGGCGCAGCAGUUGUGGUAGCUCGUGGUAAUGGAAAUGAUUUUGGCGAUUUCGAUGAACAAACGAUUUCAGGAGAACAAAUCCAAACAACCGAAUAUUUAGAAAAUAGUGUAACAGAACCGCCAGCCACUACGACCACAACAUUGGCGACCACAACAACAACGCAACCGCCAAGAAAUUGCGUUGUUCAGCGUCCACAUCAAUCAGAUCAGUUAAUACGUGAAGGAUCCAGCAAGCGGAUAUACUCCUUGGACGAUGCUGAAUGCAGCGAAUUAUGCAGCUGUGGGGAGUCACUAGCGCUCACCUGCCAUGCUCUCUGCGUGCCUUUUGCACCCUGCCGCACCGCAUUGGCAUUCUACAGUCAUGCAUCGCCCGCAUAUCAGGCAUUCCGUGGACGUUGUCUCUGCUAUUCAGGUCGUUUUAUAUGCAUGAAACCACCGCUGGGCGAAUACACGCUGCCAGGCGGUGUCUUUCUAUUACUUGGCUAUAGCUCUGCUGAUGAGGCCCUCCUGCGCCCACACACAAAUCUCGGCGUACAAGAUGCUGUAAGAGCAUUGCAGCAAUAUGUUACUACACACAUAGACAACCAGACUCAAUGCACUCUAACGCUAUUCAAUAUGACCGAUGAGAAUAUCAUAAUUGCCGCUCGUCUGCCACAUGAUGCUAAACUCAAAGCCAUUGAACUGCUGGGCAAAGAGAAGGACGAGUGCACUUCUAUACUGAAGACCAUUAGCCAUCAUAUCAACACUGAACAUCAUGAAUUGCAAUCCCACCGACUGUUGAGCAUUUUCAAAAUGUCCGAAGUCGAAGUCGUUUGGCCAGAGAGUAGUCAUGCGUCCGCACAGCUGCACAAUGGACCCACAGCGUGCCUGCUGCCGCUGGCGUUGCUGGUGUCUAUCAUCAUAACAACGCUGCUACGUGAUGGCCGCAGCUUGCAGUUGGGGAGCGGUGUGUGGCGCGGCGCAGGCUACGUGCCAACAACAUGACCAAUGGCGCAUACGUAAUCACAAGUAAGAGAUGCACUACAUAGCAAGCCAUAAAAAUAUACUACUUAUAAAUUAUAAUAAUAC